AGAUGAGAAGCAGAACACAAAUUGAGUGACCCUUGCUGCUGGUGAUAAAUUGAUGACGCCUAAUGAACUGCACUGUGGCACUUCUCUGUUUAGUUGACAUAGUGAUGAACCAGUCUCUCUGAUCUUUAUUACCAAGGAGUGUCUUAAAUGUAUUAACCAUAAACCAGUCCAACAGCAUAUAAUAGAUUGUGACUUGGGGUUAUGUCACAGUUAAUGACUCCACCUGUAUAAACCACAGGUAUUGUGUAUCCUACACCCAGUGAAAUAAUAAUAGAAGGUGAGCAGGUGAAACAAAACUCUCAAGUUUUGAGGACCCCACCCCACCACCACCGGUCCAAUCAUCAAACAGCAGACAAAGUUAGGGACUAGCUGGUGAACAAAUUGAGCAUCUAGCUAGCUGCUUAAGAGGUGAAUAUUUUCCAUAGGAGUUGGGAGAACAGGCGAAAGCUAAAAGGGUUGUCCAUGUUCAUCACAUGGAAACCCUUUUAGCUUUCGACAACUCCCAUUUUAAUGUAAAUGUUGUUCCAUAUCUGAUGGAUGUGUAAAUAGCUAACUGUUUGCUUAGUGUGAUUUUUGGCUUCCAUGAGACCAAAAAAAACCUUUUGUAGCUUUUGUUGACAAGAUCAUAAUGUGACAAUGCCAAAGUUUGCUAACAGUAGCCCAUGAGCUACUGGUCAUACCAGACCACUCAAAGCUGUAGCAGUAAAACCCUUGAGUGUAUUGGAUUAAGCAAAUGUGUGUUUUAUUGCUCACAAAUUUAACCUUUUAUUUAUAAGGAGAAGAAAGAGUUUUUUUCCUUUCAAAUGUUACAUAGUGUCUCUUUAAAAUUAAAACUCCCUGCUGUUAUCAGAGUAAUUCUAUGAAGUCAAAGAUCAGACCAGUAAAUUAAGACAAGAAGUUUAUCUUUGUACAUCAUAAAUAGUUAAGCAUUAAAAAUUUUUUACCAUCUUCACAUUUAGUCACUAGAAGCGGUACUGAACUGACCCACCUUUGGGAGGUUACAUGCAACAGCAGUGAUGAGAUGUUGUUCACGAAAGUUUUUAUUUUCUUCUUUGCCUAUCUUUCAGGGGAGUCCUUAUCAGUGCUCAACACACUGACGCCAGUGAACAAGAGCACAGACUCCCAUCUCAGCCAAGUGUACUGUUUUAUAACUUGAUUUUAUAGUGGUACAAAUAAGUCUGUUAGAAGUCGGGUUCCCUUGAGGUUUGAGGAACAACCUGUCACGUGACAGCAGAAAACUGGCAGUGAAAUUCACACUUAGAAUUACUGACAGUGGAAACCACAACCAAGGAGGGAAUCCCUAUAGGAUAUUAUGCAGAUCAUGGCUUAAAUGAUAACUGCCACACAGAGAUUAUUAAGUCCCUUGGGCUAUAAAUGUGAUCCUCCCUCAAAAGAUAAUGAAUGUCAUAUUUACAUCUUUAUUGCAGUGACAGUCUGUGAGAUGCUCCACGGUGUCUCCUCUGACAACCAGGGUCCAAAGGCUGCAUAUAAAUUCAUUCAACAGCUACUGUUUUACCUGUUGAAUCUACAUCAAGGCCACUUAUAUAGUACUGUUCAAUGUCAGUAUGUGGAUGUGCUGAUAUGCCCUAAAAUAGUUUCAGAAUUAUAUUUGAACAAUGUGACUGACAUUAAUUACUUAUAUCAGACUGCUUCAGAAGAUUGAACUGCAGUCCGGUACAACUGUACAUUUGGAUACAAGCUAUGACUAUAACACUGCAAGAUUAAAUUCUAAUGGACGAACUCCAAAUGGAUUGACUCAGCAAGGAAGACACCUCCUUGAUGACAAGACAGAUAUUCACCUCAUGCGUCAGUGAUCAGUUUCUCUUCCUCUUCCUUCCUAUCACAGUGGGCUCAAAGUCAAAGUGCCAUAAAACCACUGUGUGAGUCUUACUAGGGCUGUGUCUCCUCCUUCUUCAUACUGGGACGAGUUCAACAAGGCGUCAAGACAAACGGCAGUGACGCUGAACACAGAGGUGAACCUUGGUAAAGAACGCAACCAAGAGAACACGCAGUAGGAAAGCUGAAAAUUGGUGAUGCUGCGAAAGGGGGAGUGGGUGUGGGUGGACUCUGUCAUUGGGGCACCCAUCGGAGCCAGGAUAAAAGUAACGCCAUCGGGUCAGCGGUUUCUGGUGGACGAUGAGGGAAAGGAGCAGAGUUUGUCCCAGGAGCAGGAGGCCUCUCUCAGGGUCAUGCACCCUACAUCAGUGGAGGGUGUGGAUGACAUGAUCAAACUUGGGGACAUGAACGAGGCUGGCCUCCUCCGAAACCUGCUGAUCAGACACAAACAAGGAAUCAUCUAUACCUACACAGGGUCAGUGUUGGUUGCAGUGAACCCCUACCAGGAUUUUCCCAUAUAUUCAGCUGACCAGGUGAGGUUGUACCACAGUCGAAAGCUUGGGGAACUCCCACCUCACAUCUUUGCCAUCGCUGAAUCCUGCUACUUUAACAUGACACGUCAUCUCAGGAACCAGUGCUGCAUCAUCAGUGGGGAGUCCGGGGCAGGGAAGACAGAGAGCACUAAGCUGAUCCUGCAGUACUUGGCAGCAGUCAGUGGUCAGCAGUCUGAACAGAGGAUUGAACAACAAAUCCUGGAGUCCAACCCGAUACUAGAAGCUUUUGGAAAUGCUAAGACAAUCCGCAAUGACAACUCCAGUCGCUUUGGGAAAUAUUUGGAGAUCUUCUUCAAUAAGGACGGAGUGAUUGAGGCUGCUCGUGUGGAGCAGUAUCUUCUGGAGAAGUCGCGUGUCUGUCAUCAGGCACUGGAGGAGCGAAACUACCACAUGUUUUAUUGCAUGUUGGUAGGAAUCACAGCAGAGGAGAAGAAAACUCUGAGGCUUGGAGAUGCUAAGGAAUACAAUUUUCUUACCAAGGGUAACUGUAUCGUGUGUGAAGGCAGGGACGAUGCCAAAGACUACAUUCGUAUCCGUUCUGCCAUGAAAAUCCUGACCUUCUCGGAAAAACAGUGUCAGGAAAUCCUCAAGCUGCUGGCAGCCAUAUUGCACCUGGGAAACGUCUGCUUUGAGGCCACCACUCAAAAUAACCUGGAAACCAGUGAUGUCAGCAAGUCAGAACAUUUCAGCAUGGCAGCAUCACUACUGGAAGUAGAGAAGUCCUCUCUGGAGAGGAGUUUGACCCACCGUUCCUUUAUGACCAACAGAGAGAGGGUGACCAAACCUCUCAGCUCUGAACAGGCGUCUGACUGUAGAGAUGCCCUGGUCAAGGCUAUCUACAACAAACUGUUCAUAUGGAUCGUUGAAAAAAUCAACAGUGUCAUCUAUAAGAAGCUGUCCAACAGCCCCAAGUCUUCCUAUCUGUCCAUUGGCCUGCUUGACAUCUUUGGCUUUGAGAACUUCAACACAAAUAGCUUUGAGCAGCUGUGCAUUAACUUUGCCAAUGAGAAGCUCCAACAGUUCUUCGUGGGUCACAUCUUCAAGUUGGAGCAGGAGGAGUACCUGAAAGAGGACAUUGUGUGGAAUAACAUCAACUUUAGUGACAAUCAAAACAUCCUGGACCUUCUGGCUGGGAAAUCUUGUAACCUGCUGGCUCUGAUUGAUGAGGAGAGCCACUUUCCAAAGGGCUCAGACUCCACUCUGCUGAACAAGAUGAACCAACAACACAGUAGGGACAAGAGCUACAUCGCCUCAAGGAGUCAGUAUGACACAAACUUUGGGAUUCAGCACUUUGCAGGCGUGGUUUACUAUGACUCCACAGGAUUCCUGGAAAAGAACAGAGAUGCCAUCAGUUCUGACAUUAUCAAGAUGGUUGAAAUGUCCAAAAAUAAGCUACUUCGUCAGACAUUUGAGACUGAGCUUUCAACCAAUGGGCUGAAGAUUACAAAUAACAACAAGGUUGUGAUGACACCCAAGAGCUCUCUACGGGCCCAGGCUGACAAACGUAAACAAGUGCCAACGCUGAGUGGACAGUUCCGUCAGUCUCUGGACUCCCUCAUGAAGGCCCUGUCCGCCUGCCAGCCUUUCUUCAUCCGCUGCUUCAAACCCAAUAAUGACAAGCAGUCUGAGGUGUUUGACAGAGAGCUGUGUAUGCGUCAGCUCAGAUACUCUGGCAUGAUGGACACCAUUCGCAUCCGGAAUCUGGGAUACCCAAUUCGCCACACCUUUGAGGAAUUCCUGAAGCGCUAUAGGGUGCUCCUGAAGACGACCAUCUGUAACCCCAAAACCGAGACAGCUGCUGCCUGUUGUGAAGCCAUCUGCAGGACUGUGAUUAAAGGGGAGGACGAGUGGAAAAUAGGCAGGACCAAGAUUUUCCUGAAGGAUGCUCAUGACGCUGUCCUGGAACGACUGAGGGAACAAGAACUCAGCAGAGUGGCUGUGGUGAUCCAGAGGGUCAUGAUGGGACACAAAGACAGGAAGUCUUUUCUGAAGAAACGAAGGGCAGCUGUGGUGUUGCAGAGGCGCUGGAGAGCUUACAGAGAAGAGAAAGUGCGAAGAAAGCUGAAGCACGGCUAUGAACGGCUGGUAUCAAAGAUCCGUAGUCGGAAUCUCCAGUCACAGUACCAAAGACAGCGAGCAGCAGUACUCACCAUACAGAAACAGGUACGAGGCUACCGGGUGAGGAAGAGCUGGAAGCAAAAGAGAGAGGCAGUCAUACUGCUGCAGGCUUACACCAGAGGACUCCUGGCCAGAAAAACGGCUCAAAGGAUGAGGAAUGAUAGAGAGAACCAGGCACAAAUAGCCUUGGAGCUUCAGGGGAGACUGAAUGAUCUUAUCGCACUGCAACCCGUGGAGGAGCCGGAGCCAGUCACUGAAUGGGAUUCAGAGAACUCGUAUGAUCUCCGGCCUGCUCCUGUUGUGGAAGUGGUGGAGCCAAAAGCAUCAGAAUCAGAACCAGAGAGGAGGAACAUGCCAGAGCCUGCAGACGAAACCUCUGCUGAGACCCCAGGGCCAGAGAUCCCCCCUCCAAUGUCAACCACUCCUAUCCCAUCACUGGAAGAAGAUGAUGACGAGUUUGAUGAGGAUGACGACCAGUUUUCAUUCUAUAAAUUCAGUGAGCUUAACUUCCAGGGCAAUGCUACCCACACACACGUCACACAGAGACUGAGGCAGCCCCUUCUGCCCCACGAUGACGAGGGUGAUACACUGGCUUGUUUAACAUUGUCAUGGAUUAUUCUACGGUUCAUGGGGGACAUACCAGAACCAAAAUCUCUGGACACAACAUCUCAAGCAUCCAGCACCAUCUCGCAUCAUCUGCCUAAUAAGCAGGGUAGGAGGCUGAGCAACCUGGUGGGACUGGACCAGAAAAUACUGAGGAAGAACAAGAAAAAGCUUGGCGGUGGAAACAGAAGAGCCUCUGCUAUUCCUGAAGAGCCAGAGAACAUGACAGAGGACGAGGACGUUUUGAUUGGAGAAGGUCCAACGCUGCAUCGGCCGCUUUCAGCCCUGGAAAAACUGCACAUUAUCAUUGGAUACGCUUUAUCAAGACGAGACAUACGGGAUGAGAUUUACUGCCAGAUCUGUAAGCAGCUGGUGAAAAACAAGAACAGGAAGAGCCGUAUGCAAGGCUGGACCCUCCUCUCCAUCUGUCUUGGUAUCUUCCCUCCAACAGAACUGUUCAUGAAGUAUUUGGAGAGUUUUGUCCGCAAAGGUCCAAGUGCUUAUGGAGCAUACUGUACUGAGCGCCUGCGCCGGAUAAUAGCUAAUGGAGAAAGAAAAGAGUUGCCCUGUUGGAUAGAGCUACAGGCUGCCAAGUCCAAGGAGCCCAUAGAUGUGACUGUGACUCUAAUGGACGACCGUACCAUCAGUCUUCAGCUGGAAUCAGCCUCCACCUCUGCUGAGGUCUGUCAAGCUGUGGCUGAAAAGACUAAUCUCAAAGACACACAUGGAUUCUCCCUGUACAUCAGCCUCUAUGAUAAGAUGUGGUCUUUGGGCAGCUGCGGGAAGCAUGUGCUGGAUGCUGUAUCGCAGUGUGAGCAAGAGAUGAGGAGGCAAGGUAAACAUGAGAGGGACACCCCCUGGAGUCUCUCCUUGCGCAAGGAACUGUUCACACCGUGGCAUGACUGCUCAGAGGAUCCGAUCAGCACAGACCUAAUUUACAGACAGGUCAUCAAGGGAAUCAAGUCAGCAGAUUACACCAGCGAGAAGGAGGAUGGAUAUGUCCAGCUGGCAGCAAUGCACUAUUACAUCCAGUUUGGCUCUACAAACAGCAGAGAGAACAUCCAGAAGGUGGUUGAGGAGUGCAUCGCCACUCAGCUUAUUGAGAACAAAUCCAUGACAAAGUGGAUCCAACUCAUCAACUCAGCACUGUCACAGGCUCCUUUUAACAAUGGAAAGCAGAGCAGAGAAAGCGUCAAAGGGGAACUGGUGGACAGUGCUCGAAAGGAGUGGCCACUCCACUUCUCCAAGUUUUAUGAAGUUACAAUGACGUCAGGACCUCCUUUGCCCAAAAGCAGGUUUUUUGUGGCUGUAAACUGGAGUGGCAUUUUCUUCAUGGACGGGAGAGAAAAAAGACUCCUUGAGCUUCCUUACAUAGAAAUGCAAGAAGUCCACAAGAUUAGUCCCCAGAUAGUGAGAUUGGCCACAGUCAGAGGAGACUUUGACCUGAGGUGUGCAGAAGCUGUGGAAAUGGCUGCACUUAUAGAGGAUACCCUGAAAGGGCUGAGACAGCACUCAGUGUACGCACUGGCUCAGCAGGAUACCAACAAACCAGAUGACCCCAUGUUUCUGGUUUGUAAGCGAGGCGACCUGCUGCUGGUAGAAAAAGAUGAAGAAUAUUCUCCUGAGGAGACCUGGAUCAAAGCAACUAACCAGCGGACCAGCAGCAGUGGUGCAGUCUAUAAGGAUACAGUGCAGUUUCUGCCAACUCUCACCAGGCCCACUGAAGAUAUGCUGGAACUGCUUAUUCCAGGCCAGAGGAAACAUUCAGCCGCACAAAGCGCCCCGCAGAGAGACGAAACAGUGGCUCCUGUCUCAUUAAAAGAGUUUUCACUUGAGAACUUCAGGCCUGCGGGUCGACAAGGUGCAUCCAAGGGGGUUGGCAGAGAGAAGCUGUGGAGUAGUUCCAGAGAACCUCUCAAGCAGCCACUGAUGAAGACUCUGGUCGGCAACUCUGACCUCAGCAACCUGGCCUGCAACGCUUCCAUUGCUAUUCUGAAGUACAUGGGCGACUACCCCAUCAAACACUCUCGCAGCCCUGUAGAGCUGACUGACCAGAUCUUUGGUCCCGCCACCCAGCAUGAAGCCCUGCAGGAUGAGAUCUACUGCCAGAUUAUGAGGCAGAUGACCAGCAACAACAACAGGUUGAGUAUGGAGCGUGGAUGGCAGCUCAUGUGGCUGUGUUCAGGCUUGUUCCCGCCCAGUCAGAAUUUGAUGAGACACACUCAGCGCUUCCUGGAGUCGCGGCCCAGAGAACCACUGGCUUCCGUCUGCCUGCAGAGGCUGCUGUCGAUGUGCAGUAAGAAGCCCAGGAAGCUUCCGCCUCAUCUGGUAGAAGUGGACGCCAUCCAACAGAACAGCACCAUGAUCUUCCAUAAAGUCCAUUUCCCAAACGACACCAGUGAUAUAUUCGAGGUAGCAUCAACAACAACAAUCAAAGAACUGUGCUACAGUAUUGCCUCUCACCUCAAACUGAACUCGGCCGAUGGAUAUAGCCUCUACCUGAAAACACCAAACAAGGUCAUGAGUUUGGAUGAGGAGAGAUAUUUCUUUGACAGUUUAAGGCAGACUUCAGACUCUCCUAAGAAAGGAAAAAGAGUGAGAGAAGGCAACCAAGCCAACGUUCCCUACCUGGUGAUCUUUAAGAGGAAGCUCUGGUUCAAUGUGACCCCGGGGAAAGACCAGGUCGCAGACCUCACCUUCCAUUUCCCGCAGGAGAUGCCUAAGUACCUGCGGGGAAACCACAACUGCACCAAAGAGGACAUGAUCACCCUGGGUGGACUGCUGUUCAGAUCCAAAGUAGAUUCAGACAGGUCCCAGUUUGUGAUGAUCCCCAGAAUGCUGAGUGAGCUGGUUCCUGCUGACAAGAUCAAAAUCAUGUCCCCUGAAGACUGGAAGAAGCACAUCAUCUCCUCCUACAACAAACAGAGCGGCAUCACAUUGCAGGAAGCCAAAAUUGCCUUCCUGAGAACCAUUUCAAGCUGGCCGACCUUCGGCUGUGCUUUCUUUGAAGUUAAACAAUCUUGUGAACCAAGCUACCCAAGUACAGUUAUGAUUGCCAUCAGCAAGCAAGGUGUCAGCUUAAUAAACCCAACAAACAAGGAGCUGCUGGUCAUGCACAAAUUCAGCCGCAUCCUUGAGUUCAGCAGCAAAGGCAACUUCUUCCAGAUGACAGUCGGCACCCUGAUGAAGUCCAGCUUUGUCUGUGAGACCACGCAGGCUUACGCAAUGGAGGACCUCCUUAGAUCGUACAUCAGCAUGUAUGAGAGGCAGAGGGAUGCCUUUCGUCCCAGGAACCACAUGUUUUCCUGAGGCUUCAAGAAGGACAGAAGUCCUGUGAUUUAUGUGCUUUGAAUGACAAACCCCCCAUAAUACAGAUUACUUCUACGAGACAAGAUAGUGACAUUCAAACUUCAUAGCUCUAUUCACAUUGUCUUUUUUUUACUCUUGAUUAAUAUUCUUGUGUCACUGUAUGUCUAGAAUAUUAAUUAAGAUUUGUGUAAAUUUAGUUGCAUUAAACUUGAGCAUGUCCAACCUUGA